GAUCUCGUCAUAGUUGCAAUAACAACUAGUCCACAACUCCUCCUAUUUAAACCCACCUUCUUCUUCUAUUUCUUCUCACUAAAUCCAAUUAUACCAUCUUCAGUUCAUCUCAGUAGUAGUACUGUACAUCUAUCUAGCUCUAGCUAGCUUAUUACUUGCAUACGUUACUGAAGAAAAACUUUGUUUAAAUCCCGUUUUACUUCUAAUCAAUAGUCUACUUAAUACUUAAAGAGGCCAAAAAGAGCGCGCACACACACACACACACACACACACACACACAUAUAUAUAUAUAUUUGUUUACUGGGAGAAUGAAUGGCAAGGGUAGUUUUGAAAUCAACAUUCCUUCCAAUAUUAGCAAAGCUGAAGUAGUGCCGGAAAGAGGGAACAAGUUCGGCAAGGCCGGGGUUUUCUCCUUCAAAGGUUGGAUAUGGAGUGUUUGGGAGUUCUGCAAAGAAGAUAGGAACAGAGUAAUUUUCUCACUGAAAGUGGGGCUUGCUGUUCUCCUUGUGUCUUUGCUCAUACUACUUGAAGCACCCUAUCAAAUAUUUGGCGUUAACAUCAUCUGGUCCAUUCUCACUGUGGCCAUUAUGUUUGAAUACACAGUUGGUGCAACGUUUAACCGAGGAUUUAAUCGAGCACUUGGAAGCUUGCUUGCCGGAAUCUUAGCCAUUGCUAUUGCCCAGUUGGCCUUAAUCUCUGGUCGAGUUGCAGAACCUAUUGUAAUUGGUAUCAGCAUCUUCCUCAUUGGGGUUGUGACAUCAUUCAUGAAGUUAUGGCCAUCCCUUGUGCCAUACGAGUAUGGAUUCAGAGUCGUGCUUUUCACUUACUGUUUGAUCAUAGUUUCCGGCUAUCGGAUGGGGAAUCCGAUCAACACUGCCAUCGAUCGGCUUUACUCCAUCGCCAUUGGAGCAAUUGUUGCAGUUUUAGUGAAUGUGCUCAUUUUUCCUACAUGGGCUGGUGAACAAUUACACACACAGCUAGUUAGCAGCUUUGAUUCAGUGGCUGACUCACUUGAAGAAUGUGUUAGGAAGUAUUUAGAAGAUGACGGUUCGGAUCAUCCUGAGUUCUUGAAGACUCUCAUGGAUGAGUUUCCAGAUGAGCCUGCUUACAAAAGAUGCCAAUCCACAUUGAACUCCGCAUCAAAACUUGAGUCCUUGGCUAGUUCAGCUAAAUGGGAGCCACCGCAUGGCAGGUUUGGACACUUUUUCUAUCCAUGGUCAGAAUAUGUCAAAGUUGGUACUGUUCUACGAUAUUGUGCAUACGAGGUUAUGGCACUUCAUGGUGUUCUUCACUCCGAAAUUCAGGCCCCCUACAAUCUAAGAAUCGCAUUCCAGGCAGAGAUCCGAGAGGCGACGAGCCAGGCUGCAGAACUGGUUAGAUGGUUGGGCAAAGAUGUGAGUAACAUGAAGCGAAGCUUCAAAACUUCUCGGGUGAACGGAGUUCACAACUCAACUGAGAGACUCCAGCGUGCUAUAGAUUUGCAUUCAUAUCUCCUCGCAUCCAAUGUCAACCUUCAGGACGACUCAUCCAAGCCGCUUCCUAAGCUCUCUCACACCCUCUCAUCCACCCUUUGUGACCUCUCGACCCAAUUGGCAGGGCUUGACAGCACCACCCUUGAUCAGAACUUGAAUCCACCACCAACUCAGAACACAGCUUCUGGGACUCUCCCACCACCACCACCACCACCACAGACAGAGUCUUAUCACGAGAGAAUGAAAAAACAAUCAAGAAGGCUCUAUUCAUGGCCAUCCAGAGAAGUGGAUGAUUUUGAAGAAGGUGGCAGCUUUAGUGCUGCAGGCUUUAUUCCCAGGAUGCGGACACUCGAGAGCACUGCAGCACUGUCACUCGCCACUUUUACUUCAUUGCUUAUUGAAUUUGUUGCUCGGCUCGAUCACUUGGUGGAAGCAGUUGAUGAGCUCUCUAAGAUGGCCAAGUUCAAGCAUGAGGCUCUCUAAGAUGAGAAAACUGCAAAUACCUAGUUUGAUAUACUAGAAAUGUACAAGAAAACUCAAUGAAUUGGAAGAUGCUAAAAAGGGAAAAAUGUGAAGACACUUGUUCUUUCUUAAAA